AUGUUGGCUGGCGUAGAGACCUUAUGCUUCGACAGCCUCGACGCCAGCACAACCACGGUGGGAGCAAGGGCUCAAUUGUUGCAACCCUUGGAAUUUUAUCGCCAUCAAGACGACAACGACAAUCGACAAACAUCGCCCCUCCAGCCGCCCAACAAGGUUUGUAAGAGAGCGAAGGGUACCUCCAGCUUCGGAAAGCGCCACAACAAGUCGCACACUCUGUGCCGUCGUUGCGGUCGCCGCUCCCUCCACAUCCAGAAGCACACCUGCGCUUCGUGCGGAUACCCUGCUGCUAAGACCCGGAAGUACAACUGGAGCGAGAAGGCCAAGCGGAGAAAGACCACCGGUACCGGCCGCAUGCGAUACCUCAGCACCGUCACCCGCAAGUUCAAGAACGACUUCCAGACCGGCACCCCCAAGGGCUCGCGCGGCAUCAACAACGUCACGGCAUAA